UUUGACCAUCUUUCAGCUAGCUAACGAGUAACGACGUUCUCCAUGGACCAGCGCCACCACAGCCAAGCUCCCAGCCAUCGCAGCGGCGGGAGCGAGGUGGGCGAGCCGGCGCGGUCGCGUUGGGCGCCCAAGCCGGAGCAGAUCCUGAUCCUGGAGUCCAUCUUCAACAGCGGCAUGGUGAACCCGGCCAAGGACGAGACAGCGCGCAUACGCCGCCUCCUCGAGCGCUUCGGCACCGUCCGCGACGCCAACGUCUUCUAUUGGUUCCAGAAUCGCCGCUCUCGCUCCCGCCGACGCGCCCGCCAGCUCCAGCAGUCCGGCGGUGCCGGAGACAUGGCCCAGCUCUCCUCCAAUUCCGCCGCCGCCCACGGCUACCACGGAAUCGGCACUUCCCCAUUCAUCAUGCAGUACGGGCAGCUUUGCAGCGAAGUCUCAGCGGUGGCGGAGGCGUCCGUGCCAUCUGCGGCCACGGUCACCGCGGCGUCCCGUUUCUUGGCGGACGACGUCGACGGCGGAGACGAUCUCUUCGCCAUCCCCAGGCAAAUGGGACUCAUGGCACUCGGUGGCCACAACCGGUAUAGCUACACGGCUACCGAUACCCAACUGAGCUACCAACCAACUGGGACGAUGCAGGUGUUCAUCAAUGGCAUGGCGUACGAGGUGCCGAGCGCUGGCGCGUUGGACGUGGCAGGGACAUUCGGCCGUGACGCGAUUCUGGUGCACUCCUCCGGCGAGAUCCUCCCGGUGAACGAACACGGAGUCCUCAUGAAGAGCAUGCAGAUGGGGGAAUGCUACUAUCUGGUAAUUGCUAAUUUUGUUAUAUUUGUAGGUAUCCAGAUCGAUCUAAUUAAUCAGCUGCAUAUCUAG